UGUUUGGAGCAAUUGAUCGAUCAGUUGUUGCUUGACACAGUGUGCUCUCUCUCUCUCUCUCUCUCUCUCUCUCUUUCCAAGCAAAGCAAAUUGAAUUGAGAGAGAAAACAGGGCUCAAUCCAAUUCCAAGCAGCAGGAAGACGACUGAAUCUCUUUCAUCUUCAAUUUCAUUAUUAUUCGAUCAAAUCAAAUCAAAUCUAUAACAGUGUCGGUGCUGCUUCUAGCUGUUGAUUCCGAUAAGAUAAAAAAACAUGUAUGCCAGAGAUCCAUGGGGAGGAUCGAUGGAAAUAAACACCGCCGAUUCGGCCACGGACGAUGAUCGGAGCAGAAAUCUGCAGGACUUCGAUAGGGCGGCGUUAUCGCGGCCUUUGGACGAGACGCAGCAGAGCUGGCUAUUGGGUCCCGGUGAACAAAAGAAGAAGAAGAAGUACGUCGAUCUUGGUUGCGUUAUUGUCAGCCGUAAGAUCUUCAUCUGGACUCUCGGUUCCAUCCUCGCCGCUGGCUUACUCGCCGGAUUAAUUAUUCUCAUUGUCAAGACUGUCCCUCGACAUCACCCUGCCGCACCGCCUGAGGAUAAUUACACCAUUGCUUUGCACAGGGCUCUUAUGUUCUUCAACGCACAGAGAUCUGGAAAAUUGCCUAAACAUAACAAUGUCUCGUGGAGAGGAAACUCUUGCACCGAUGAUGGAGAGCCUGGAUCCAUGUUUAAAGAUCUGGUUGGUGGCUACUACGAUGCUGGAGAUGCAAUCAAGUUCAAUUUCCCACAAUCUUUUGCCAUGACCAUGUUGAGUUGGAGUGUAAUCGAAUACCGUUCUAAAUAUGAAUCUGUCGGAGAAAUCAACCACGUUAAGGACGUAAUUAAAUGGGGAACUGAUUACCUUCUCAAGACAUUUAAUUCCUCAGCAGAUACCAUUACUCGUUUAGUUGCACAGGUUGGAGUUGGAGACACUUCAGAAGGUGCAUCAAACCCUAACGAUCACUAUUGCUGGAUGCGUCCAGAAGACAUUGACUACGAUCGACCUGUAACAGAAUGCAGCACUUGCUCGGAUCUAGCUGCAGAGAUGGCGGCUGCUCUGGCCUCUGCUUCUAUUGUAUUCAAAGAUAACAAGGCUUACUCUCAGAAACUGGUUCACGGUGCUAGGACCCUGUUCAAGUUUGCGAGGGAUCAACGCGGUCGGUAUAGUGCUGGCAGUGCCGAAGCUGCAGUCUUUUAUAACUCUUCCAGCUAUUGGGAUGAGUAUGUUUGGGGUGCCACAUGGCUCUAUUAUGCAACUGGCAACACUACCUAUCUUCAGCUUGCAACCGCUCCUGGUUUGGCUAAACAUGCUGGUGCCUUCUGGGGUGGUCCAUUUUAUGGUGUUUUUAGCUGGGAUAAUAAGCUUGCCGGUUCUCAAGUGCUUUUGAGUCGAUUGAGGCUGUUCCUGAGCCCGGGGUAUCCAUACGAAGAAAUAUUGAGCACGUUCCACAAUCAAACGAGUAUCGUCAUGUGCUCUUAUCUUCCAUACUUCACAAGUUUUAAUAGAACAAAAGGUGGUUUGAUACAAUUAAACCAUGGAGCACCUCAACCUCUUCAGUAUGUGGUUAAUGCAGCAUUCUUGGCUACACUUUUCAGCGAUUAUCUGGAUGCUGCCGAUACCCCUGGAUGGUACUGCGGUCCCAAUUUCUAUUCGACAGACGUCCUCCGUCAAUUUGCUAAGACUCAGAUUGACUACAUCCUAGGGAAGAAUCCGAAAGGAAUGAGUUAUUUGGUCGGUUUUGGAAAUCAUUACCCUAGACAUGUACACCACAGAGGGGCAUCAAUCCCUAAGAACAAGGUAAAGUACAACUGUAAAGGAGGAUGGAAAUGGAGGGACUCGUCCAAACCGAAUCCAAACACGAUCAUUGGAGCCAUGGUUGCAGGACCCGACAAACACGACGGUUUCCAUGAUGUCAGGACUAACUACAACUACACCGAGCCAACCCUGGCCGGAAAUGCUGGUUUGGUUGCUUCUUUAGUGGCUCUUUCCGGUGAAAAAAGCGGCGGCAUUGAUAAGAACACAAUAUUCUCGGCUAUACCACCCAUGUUCCCCACUCCGCCUCCUCCUCCUGCUCCAUGGAAACCAUAGUUGUUGAUUUUUUCAUGGAUUUUGAUUUUUCUUAUUGGUGGUGGCUUGAUCAUUUUGAGCAGGGAGGAGGAGAAGAAGAAGAAGAAGAAAAGAAAGAAGGGAUGGCUAAUGAUCAUUUCAAUCAGUCUUUUGUCAAAGUGAUCAAAAUUUGAUUUGGGGAUUUGAAUUCAUCCUAUAUAUUUUUUUUAUAACCCCCCACCGAAUCUGAAUUGUAACAGAAUGUGAUAUAUAUAUAUAUAAUAAUAGUGUGUGAAAAACAUGAAAUGUGCUACUUAAUUACUGUUUCAUUUCUUCUUUAGGAGGUGUAUAAUGUCAUUAUUUGAAAACAA